GUUGCGUCAGAUUCUGGGAAGCUGUCGGCGCUGCCGCAAGUGCGGUGUUCCAACGAUGGCAGGUUCCUCCGAGGAGCACGCUCCCGACUACAGGUCCGUCCUGAGCAUUAGUGACGAGGCAGCCAGGGUGUGGGCCCUGAACGAGCACCUGAGCACGCGUAGCUAUGUCCAGGGCUUCUCCCUGUCCCAGGCAGACGUGGACGCGUUCAGGCAGCUCUCAGGCCCUCCUGCUGACGCACAACUCUUCCACGUGGCUCGGUGGUUCAGGCACGUGGCCGCGAUCCUGGGCAGCCCCCGCGCCCCAGCCCCGCCCCGUGGGCUCCAAGCAAGCAGAGGCCGGCGCACGCAGCCCCCGUGGUCUCCUCCAGCCGGGUCCCAGCCGUGCCAGCUCCGCCUGUACAACAGCCUGACCCGGAGGAAGGACGUGUUUGUACCUCAAGACGGGCGGAGGGUGACGUGGUACUGCUGCGGGCCCACCGUCUACGACGCCUCCCACAUGGGACACGCCAGGUCCUACAUCUCCUUCGAUAUCUUGAGAAGAGUGCUGAGAGAUUACUUCAAAUUUGACGUCUUUUAUUGCAUGAACAUCACAGACAUUGAUGAUAAGAUCAUCAAGAGGGCCCGGCAGAACUACCUGUUUGAGCAGUACCGGGAGAAGCAGCCCCAGGCAGUGCAGCUCCUGGAGGACGUGCGCGCCGCCCUGCAGCCGUUUUCAGCGAAGUUACGUGAGACCUCGGAUCCCGGCAAGAGGCAGAUGCUGGAGCGCCUGGAGCGCGCGGUGAGGCUGGCGGCGGAGCCGCUGGAGGAGCCGGCGCGGCGCGGCCUGGCGGGGGCGGAGCUGGACGGCCGCGUGCAGGUGUUGUUGGAAGAAGCAAAGGAUCUGCUUUCCGACUGGCUGGAUUCCAUGCAUGGCAGUGAAGUGAGCGACAAUUCUAUUUUCUCCAAACUGCCCAAGUUCUGGGAAGCGGAGUUCCACAAAGACAUGGAAGCCCUGAACGUCCUCCCGCCAGAUGUCCUAACCCGCGUUAGUGAGUAUGUGCCGGAGAUCGUGGACUUCGUCCAGAAGAUCGUGGACCACGGUUACGGCUACGUUUCAAACGGGUCCGUCUACUUCGACACGGUGAAGUUUGCCAAUAGUGAGGGACACUGCUACGGGAAGCUGGUGCCCGAGGCCGUCGGGGAUCAGAAAGCCCUGCAGGAGGGGGAAGGCGACCUGAGCGUCUCGGCCGAGCGCCUGAGUGAGAAGCGGUCCCCCAGCGACUUUGCCCUCUGGAAGGCCUCCAAGCCCGGGGAGCCAUCCUGGCCGUGCCCCUGGGGAAAGGGGCGUCCAGGGUGGCACAUCGAGUGCUCGGCCAUGGCAGGCACCCUCCUCGGAGCCUCAGUGGACCUUCAUGGAGGGGGCUUCGACCUCCGCUUCCCCCACCACGACAACGAGCUGGCGCAGUCGGAGGCCUACUUUGAGAACGACUGCUGGGUCAGGUACUUCCUGCACACGGGCCACCUGACCAUCGCCGGCUGCAAGAUGUCCAAGUCGCUCAAGAACUUUGUCACCAUUAAAGACGCGCUGAAGAAGCACUCAGCCCGGCAGCUGCGCCUGGCCUUCCUCAUGCACUCGUGGAAGGACGCGCUGGACUACUCGGCCAACACCAUGGAGUCGGUGCUGCAGUACGAGAAGCUCCUGAACGAGUUUUUCUUAAAUGUGAAAGACCUCCUCCGAGCCCCCGUCGAGGUAGCCGGUCAGUUUGAGAAGUGGGAAGACAAGGAAACAGAGCUGAACGAGAGCUUUUACGACAAGAAGGCCGCGGUUCACGAGGCGCUCUGUGAUAACGUCGACACGCGCACCGUCCUGGAGGAGAUGCGGGCUCUAGUCGGCCAGUGCAACCACUACAUGGCAGCGCGGAAGGCCGCGAGGAGGAGGCCCAACCGCACCCUGCUGGAGAGCAUCGCCCGGUACCUCACGCACAUGCUGAAGAUCUUCGGGGCCAUAGAAGAGGAAAGCUCCCUGGGUUUCCCCGUCGGAGGACCUGGAACCAGCCUCAAUCUCGAGCCCACAGUCAUGCCGUACCUUCAGGUGUUGUCGGAGUUCCGGGAAGGAGUGCGAAGGGUCGCCCGUGAGCACAGAGUCCCCGAGGUCCUGCAGCUCAGCGAUGCCUUGCGGGACGAUGUCCUGCCUGAGCUGGGCGUGCGGUUUGAAGACCAUGAAGGACUGCCCACUGUGGUCAAGUUGGUGGACAGAGAUACCUUACUGAGAGAGAGAGAAGAGAAAAAAAGGGCUGAAGAAGAAAAGAGAAGGAAGAAAGAGGAGGCCGCCAGGAAGAGACAAGAGCAGGAAGCGGCGAGGCUGGCCAAGAUGAAGGUUCCGCCCAGCGAGAUGUUCUUGUCAGAAAGCGACAAGUAUUCCAAGUUCGAUGAAAACGGUCUGCCUACACACGACAUGGAAGGCAAAGAGCUGAGCAAAGGGCAGGCCAAGAAGCUGAAGAAGCUCUUCGAGGCACAGGAAAAGCUGCACAAGGAAUACCUGCAGCUGGUUCAGAACGGAAGCGUCCCGUGAAGGCGGGGCCGAGGCUCUACACCCCACCAGGGGCAGCAGCUCCCCCAGCCCCGGGGACUCUGCCCCCAGCUCCGGGCGUGUUUACAAUGCUCCUCGGGGCCUAAGUUAAAGAUUCUAUCCGGAGAGGUCUGGGCCACCUUCGGCUCUGAAACGUCAGUAAUAAAAUCUUGCAAACGCGA